GUAGCAGACGAACGCUUCUGCCCGGACGUGCUGAGCACCGCCAAGGAGAUGAACGUGGCCAACUUUCGACGGGUGCCCAAGAUGCCCAUCUACGGGACGGCACAGCCCAGCUCCAAGACCCUGGGGAGUGUCCUGCGGUACUUGACGGACGCCAAGAGGAAGCAUGCCCACAUCACGUGGAUCAACCUCCGAGAAGAAGUGGUCCUAGAGGGGAACGAGCAGAUCUAUACGCUGCGGGAGCCUGGGCACCUGGAGGAGCUGAUCCCUGUGCCCACUGCCUCACCCCAGCAGCUGGAGAAACUAGAGACUACCCUGAAGGGUGACCUGCUCAAGUGCCAGAAGUGGUUGGAGGUGUACUUGGAGACAGAGAAGCAGAUGAAGAUGUUCAAAAGCUGCCUGACCACACAGGAGAUAUUCAGCCAGCAGAAGAAUUCCUGUCAGGGGCUGACCUACCGCCGCAUUCCCAUCCCUGACUUCUGUGCUCCCAAGGAGCAGGACUUGGACCGGCUGCUGGAGGCGAUGAAGAGCGCCCUGGCCGAAGACUCGCGGGCAGCCUUCGUCUUCAACUGCUCCAGCGGCCGGGGCAGGACCACCACGGCCAUGGUCAUCGCUGUCCUCACCCUCUGGCACUUCAACGGCAUCCCUGAGAUGAGCGAGGAGGAAAUAGUGAGUGUGCCUGAUGCCAAGUACACCAAAGGGGAGUUCGAGGUGGUUAUGAAGGUGGUCCAGCUCCUGCCCGAUGGUCACCGGAUGAAGAAGGAGGUGGACAUGGCCCUGGACACUGUCAGUGAGACCAUGACACCCAUGCACUACCAUCUCCGAGAAAUUAUCAUCUGCACCUACCGGCAGGGGAAGUCAGGCAAGGAUGAGAAGGAGAGGCAGAUGCUGCAGCUGAGGAGCCUGCAGUACUUGGAACGCUACAUCUACCUGAUCCUCUUCAACGCCUACCUACAUCUGGAGAAGAAGGACUCCUGGCAGCGGCCCUUCAGCCUCUGGAUGCGUGAGGUGGCCGCGGUGGCUGGCAUCUACGAGGUCCUCAACCAGUUGGGCUUCCCAGAGCUGGAGAGCCUGGAGGGCAAGGUCCUGAGCACGCUGCGGGGCCGCUGGCAGGCGCAGGCGGGCACCUCCCGCCCUUUCCGUGGGGAUUUCGG